AUGUCCAACAUCCCUCCACCUAGCCCAACUCAAGGGAGCCAAGCCACCGAGGCCGUUGAUGAAUGGCCAGAGCCACGGCCAGUUCACCGGAUACACGAGGGAAAGGUGUGGGCACUGGAGGUUGUUCAGCAACCCAUUCGAGCUCGCAUGUGUGGUUUUGGUGACAAGGAUCGACGCCCAAUCUCACCGCCCCCUUGUAUCAGACUGAUAAUCUUUGACCCCGAGACUGGUGAAGAAAUUGAUUACUCGAAAGUGACAGACCUUUCACGUCUUGUAUUGAAUGUUGACUUGUGGAGCCCGGGAGGAGAUCGCGAGGACAACUGCAUCAAUCAUAGCAAUGUCUCACCGUCAAUAGGCACUACAAGUCUCAGUGCUUACCCUCAAGUCGUGACACCGAUGACACAGUCCCAAACUCCUCAGAUUUAUACCGGACAUAGUGUUCCGUAUUCCUCGCCAGGUAUCAUCUCGCCUAACGUCAUCACCCCCGGUUCCGCGACUUCAUACUUCCCUAAUGAGGAUCAACAUCCUUAUGGUGGUCAGAGUUUCCACAGUCGUCCACCAUCUUUCUCCGUGGAUCGUGCAACAGAUCGAUAUGGCGCACCGUACUCGAAUGGAUAUGGUCGUGGUGAAGGAUAUGGCUCACGUCCGAAUGGCAGUCAUCCAGUUCCACCCCCUGGAGCCAUUAGAUCGACGCGCUCUAGUCAGGACCUGGGUCCAAGGAGACCUGAGGUGGCAGGAGCGCAUGUCGCCAAAAAUCUGAUCGGAAGUGCGUCUUCCAGUGCGUUCCGCUUGACUGAUGAAAAGGGCAAAGUAGGUCUAUGGUUUAUCCUUCAGGAUCUAAGUGUCAGAACUGAGGGCACUUUCCGAUUGAAGUUGAACUUUUUCAAUCUGUCGAAGUUCAAUCUGUCAGACAAUGAAAACAAGGCAUUGGGAAAGGGGCCCGAGCUUAUGACCGAAGCCCCAUGCUUAGCAUCAGUUUUCAGCAAAGUAUUUCGGGUCUGGAGUGCGAAAAAGUUCCCGGGAGUGAUUGAAACCACUCCAUUGAGUCGAAAAUUCGCUGAGCAGGGAAUAAAGAUACCGAUUCGGAAAGAUGGAAACUCACGGAAAAGGAAGGGCGCAGGUAGCGAGGACGAGGAUCAAGACGCCGGCAGUGACGGUGACGGUGACGGCUUCUAG